CAAUUUGUCAAAAAUAAAUUGAGUGGCCAUAUACCACUUUCAGUUUGUAGUUUAAACAACCUUUAGAUCAUGGACUUAUCUUACAAUUACUUUUCUAGACCAAUUCCAUCCUGUCUUAUGAAAAAAGCUGACCUGAUGAGCAUAUUGAGGUUAAGAGAAAACAAGUUACAUGGCAUGCUACCUGAAAAUAUUGGAGAAGGGUGUAAGCUUCAGACAAUCGAUUUGAAUCAAAAUCAAAUUCAAGGUGCACUACCAAGAUCCCUAGCAAAUUGCCAAGACUUGGAGGUUCUUGAUGUUGGUAAUAAUCAGAUCGUCGAUUCAUUUCCAUCAUGGUUGGGUACACUUCCAAAGCUUCGAAUUCUCGUGUUGAGAUCUAACCAACUCAACGGCACUAUAAGGGGUCUUCACGAUGGCUACCAACACUUUACAAGUUUACAAAUAGUUGAUUUGGCCUCCAACCAUUUCUCUGGUGACUUGCAUCCAGAAUGGUUUGAGAAUUUGAGAGCAAUGUUGGAUAACAGCAACGAUGUGGGGGAUUUAGAGCAUCAAACAAAUUCAACUUGGAGACCACUUGUGUAUCAAGAUACUGUUAUUGUCACAUUCAAAGAUGCCGCUUUAAGUGUCACCAAAAUCCCAACUGUUUUCAAACUAAUUGAUUUGUCAAAUAACUCAUUUGAGGGUUCCAUUCCGGGUUCAAUUGGAAGGCUUGUUUCACUUCACGGACUUGACAUGUCGCACAAUAACUUCACAGGACAAAUUCCAUCACAACUUCACAACUUAACGAGGCUGGAAUCAAUGGAUCUCUCUUGCAACUCUAUCUCCGGAGAAAUUCCACAGGAGUUUACCUCUCUAACUUCUCUUUCCUGGUUGAACCUUUCGUACAACAACUUGACAGGAAGAAUACCACAGGGAAACCAAUUCUUGACAUUUCCCAGCAGCUCGUUUGAAGGCAAUGCUGGCCUAUGUGGAAUUCAGCUUUACAAGCAAUGUGACAAUCCAGGUCCAGAUUCAACCACCCGAAGCACAUCGGUUCCAGAACCCAAUACUUUGUGGCAGGACAGACUUGAUGCCAUCAUUUUCUUCCUGUUUAUUGGCUUGGGCUUUGGCGUGGGUUUUGCAUUGUCAAUCAUAUUCAGAUCCUUUUACCACAUAGAAGGAUGGCUUUACAAGCAUAUGCAUUAGUAAUAUAAGUUUUUAACAAGGAUAGUCAUGUAUGUUUGUGUUGUACUCGUUUGAUGAGACAGCUUAAAUCCACUCAGCUGUAAUAAGGUUGGUUUCACUCAA